ACAAAUCGCACAAGUUGCACAAAUAGCAGAAAGUUAAGGGAUAGAAGCAGAAGAAGUACUAUUUAGCAGUCAGUAAGAUCAGUCAUACUUUUUCGUACAGCCUGCGUUUCAGUUUUUCGAUGUUCCAUCCAUAAUUUCGUUUGCUUGUGCCGUGUGUCUUCGUUACAACACAAAUCCAAUUAUCAGAUUCAGUUCCAGUUUGCGGUAGAUGCUUUGAAUUGUUCGUUUGGAAUAAUUUGCUAUAUCUCCUUCAUCAUACGUGUGUUAUCAUCAUGCCGAAACCGAACGUGUUGAUACUGGGAGGUUGUGGCUUCAUCGGGCGUCAUUUGGUGGAGUUUCUCGUCACUAAUGAUCUCGCGGAGAAGAUUAGAGUUGUGGACAAAACACCACCGCAAAUGGCCUGGCUGAAUUGCCACCAUACGACAGCUUUCGCAAACGAGAAGGUAGAAUUUUGUAGCGCCAAUCUCAUCAAUGGUGCGUCCUGCCAAAAUGCCUUCAAGACUGAUGAUGCGUCAGGGUGGGACUACGUGAUAAACUGUGCCGCAGAAACGAAGCCAGGCCAAACGGACCCUGUGUACCAGGAGGGUAUACUCAAAUUAACAUUAAACUGUGCAAACGAGGCGCUUAAAUAUCGAGUGAAACGGUUCGUGGAGCUGAGUACGGCCAGUAUGUGUUCGAGCGAAAAGACUCCCAUGAAAGAAGAUUGUCCCGUUGAACCCUGGACCAUGGUUGGGAAAUAUAAGGCGCUCACCGAAACAGAACUCAGAAACAUUGACGGUUUGAACUAUUUAAUAUUAAGAUUACCAAUUUGUUAUGGUACCGGGGACCGAAAGGGGCUGACUCCUCGCAUACUAAUUGCUGGCAUUUAUAAGUAUCUUAAUGAGACAAUGAAACUCUUAUGGACCGGCUCGAUGAAAAUGAGUGUAGUUCACGUGGAUGACGUAUGCAAUGCCUUAUGGGAAUUGAUGCGGAAUGAGCAAACCGUGGGUGAGACGAUCAAUGUUUGUGAUAAUAGCGAUGCUUCACAGGAAACAGUUAGCGAGCUUCUGGCGGAUAUUUUCGGCAUCAAAACAGACUAUUGGGGAAUCGUGAUGUCUAGCAUGACUAAGGUCGAUAUGGCAGGUGCGAUAGAGGAGAUCAACGAUAAACAUCUUGGCCCUUGGGCUGAGUUGUGUCAGAAGGAUGGAGUCGUAAAUACUCCACUUACUCCAUACAUGGACCAAGAGCUUUUGCUACACAAACAUCUUAAUGUUGAUAAUAGCAAACUCCAACGUUUGGGUUAUCAGUUGAAGCAUCCAGUUAUUAAAAAAGAAUACUUAAUUGAAAUAGUUCAAGAUUUCAUUGAAAUGAAUCAAUUUCCUCGUUCGCUUCUGGAAACCUGAGAGUACAUCGAAUGAAAAAUAAUGUUCAGUAAUAUUAUUUGCUCAAUAUCGUUUGUGUAUGGAAUAUAGGAAAAAAUGAUCUCGGAUUUGCAAUUUGGAAAUAUGGUAUUAUCUUUUUUAUCAUAGCUAGUAACAGAACAACGAUAUUUGGCAAGACUGUAUAUUUUGAAAGCGGUAUCCAAGUGUUAUUUCAUUAGAGAAAAAAUAAUUGAACCUACACGAAAGCAAUUAUAUCCAUAAAUGUUCAUUGAACACAACAAUAUGAAACUUGUAGUGAUAAAUUCUAUUCUUUAGAAACAUCUAAUGUGUAAUAAAAGUACUUCAAGUAUAUAGACAAUGUGCCUAAAGUGAUCAGUAACGAAUUUUAGAAAUAAAAACUCAAUAAGUUCACGACAAAACCGAAA